AAGUUUCGCGUGAGGUCACGUUUACGUGUCCCACGUCACGGAAGUCACAGAGAUGAUCCAUUAGCGCCUUAAAACCGCUUAAAACCAAGCUGAAAACUCGUGUUACCGGACUUGUAAUGUUGCAGUACUUUACAGGAUACAGACACAGGACUGUCUCGGUCUGAAAAAGAUCGGAAACUCUCCAAAGCGGAGGUGUUGAGUCGGUGGGCGAGCCUGCCUGCCGUUUUGCAGGCUAGCUCGCUAGUCAGGUAGCCGUCUAGCUGACUUGGCGACGAGCGGAGUAAUUAAUCUAAAGACAGACAUCGAGGCAGCUCGCACUUAUUGUAUCGCGUAACCAUGGCAACUCGGCGACUGACCGAUGCCUUCUUAUUAAUGCGGAACAAUGCAAUCCAAAACCGGCAGAUUUUGGCUGAGCAAGUGAGUACAAACGACCCCCGUCGAACUCUGAAUACACGUAGCAAUGCUGCGGUGAGUCUAAUAGAGUUGGCUGAUGACCGCAUGGCUCUGGUGUCAGGCAUCAGUUUGGAUCCAGAGGCUGCUAUCGGUGUCACGAAGAGACUCCCGCCUAAAUGGGUGGAGGGAGUGGAUGAGAUUCAGUAUGAAAUCACACGUAUUCGUCAGAAGAUGAAGGAUCUGGCCAGUCUGCAUGACAAACAUAUGAACCGGCCCACACUGGAUGACAGCAGUGAGGAGGAGCACGCCAUCGAGAUCACUACACAGGAAAUUACACAGAUGUUUCACAGGUGCCAGCGGGCCGUGACGGGGCUCCAGACUCAGAGCCGUCAUUGUACAGAGCAGGAAAACCGGCUGCUGACUAAUGUGGUCUCCUCACUGGCCCAGAGCCUUCAAGAACUGUCAAUCAACUUCAGACACACACAGUCAAGCUACCUGAAACGGAUGAAAAACCGUGAAGAAAGAUCCAAGCACUUUUUUGACUCUGGUCCUCUUGUGGAGGAAGAUGAAGAUAUUGCACUAUAUGACAGAGGAUUUACAGAUGACCAACUAGUGCUGGUUCAGGAAAACACAGUGUUGGUUGAAGAGAGAGAGAGAGAAAUUCGACAAAUUGUUCAGUCCAUCUCUGACCUUAAUGAGAUAUUUAGAGAUCUUGCUGGAAUGGUUGUUGAACAGGGCACAGUCCUCGACAGAAUUGACUUCAAUGUGGAAAAUGCUUGUGUCAAAACAGAGGAGGGUCUGCAGCAGCUGCAGAAGACUGAACAGUACCAAAAGAAAAACCGCAAGAUGCUGGUCAUUUUAAUUCUCUUUGUCAUCGUUGUUGUUCUAAUACUUGUUCUGUUCGGGACAAAGUUUAGAUGAAUAAUUCCAUGGCCUCUAAGAGGGAUAUUCCUGUAUGUAUGAGAUAAACUGAUGUGUGUGUGAGUGGGUAAGCAUGCUAACUUACAACACCAUUAUUUGAUAGUGGAAAAUGUAGAAGGUGCUUACGUUUUAAAAUACUACUCAACAAAGUGAAGAUAAGGGCGCCCCCUGCUGGCCAACAAGGGCAGUGUCUGGAGAAAUAUGUGUGUCUAUAUCUGUAGUGAGAAACCGCAUUAGUACUUGGGUCCCUUUCAGAGGGCCAUUUUUCUUCAUUUUCCUGCACAAGCACAGGAAUUAGGAGUGUGGAUGUGAUAUGGAAGCAUGUUCAUCUCAACUGCCUUUGUCAUCUAAUUUAAAGAGUAAACAGGAGGAUGAUGGGAAAAUAUUAGGAAUGCUCAGAAGAUGAUCAUGUAUGCUUGGGUGAAUUUCUUCAAAAAAUUACCCAGGUCAUAUUUCUUUGCUAGUUUCCCUCUCAACUCUAAUUUCUGUAAUGCAGAAUUAUUUAAAUCAAAAAGUAUGGUUUCAGUAAUACAGUAUUAUUUUCUUGUACUGUAUAAUAGUGGCACAAAUCUAAUGGGAAAUACCAUUGAGAAUAAUGGGAAGUAAAUUAGUGUUAAAGUAAAUGAGACUUUAGGGGGGAAUGGGCUUAGUGGUCAUUAAAAUAAUUAUAAUGAUGCAUAUUCUUAACAGAAAUUUAAUUGAUUAUGGGGUUAAAUGUCACCUGAAAAUGUUUCCUAAAGAUUCACCCACUUUCUUGGAUUCGAUCAACAUCAGUAGUGAGCAUCUACACUGAAACUUGUCAUAAGCUGCCUUUGAAUCAGGAUGUGUGUUUGAUGCAAGCUCGAGACGAGGACAUAAUAUACUCUGUUUACCUGUAAUUUAAUCAGAAAAUGUUCCCAAUGUGUGUGUUUGAGAGAAGAAGCACUGCCACUCCAGUCAACCAUGAAAGAAACUGAGGAAUGAGGAACUCGAAGCAUUAUCAUGUUCAGUUUUUAAUUUGUAUAUAUAUGUAUGUAUGUGUUAAGUUGAAAAUCAUUGGGAUUAUGACAGGGGUUGAAUGUUCUGAAUGUUACAUUUGUCCUUUGAGCGUCCAUUAAUGAGAGUUAGUUCCUAAAGCACCAUCAUGUAUGUGUUUGUCUGUUUUAAUGGCAGUGUUGUUGCUUUUAUAUCAGUAUCAUUUCUGUGAUUUAUUCAGUGAAACGCGGGAGUGAUUCACUCUGUUCCUUGCCUUAAAGAGUAAACAUCUGUGUGCUGAACUUAGAUGUUUUUAAAGCUUUCCUUGACCAUGUUACACUGACUGGUGUCGUCACUACUGUAUCGUUCAGUCUGAACUUUGAACUGAAACUGAACUUUGACCUUCAUUCUCAGACAGAAGCUCUGUUGGGACUGACUGUAAAACUACUGUUCCCUGUACAAGAUGAAAUUAUUUAUUUUAGAUGCAAACUUGUACAGAGUUUAUGGAGUACUGUUGUUGUCCGUUGGUAGUCUUAAGUCUUUUUUUUUUCUUCUUCUUAGUUUAUUGUAAUGAUGAUUUACUUAUGAAUUCCUGUUGGCUUUUGUGAAGGGUAAUGCACCACUACUGUAUGAUGGGGUAAAAUCAUGUUGUUGACCACAUACAGAGACAGUUUAUACUUAUGUUAUUUUAGAAAGUUUGAAAAUAUAUAUAUAUAACCGCACAUUCAUGGCUUAAAUCCUUUUCAUGUGAUUUACUCCAUGGUUUUGUCGUGAAACCCAGUGUGAACAUAAUAUUUUUCUGCCAUUACGGUACUACUGUAUGCUAUCUGAACCUUCUGUAAACGCUGAACAGGUUUUUAAUGAAAUUAAAACAAAUAUAUAUA